AUGGCCGGAGAAGACUUUUCGAAAAUCUUUCAAAAUAAGUCCAUUGAAGAAAAAAAUAGGAUAAGGGAUGGUAGAUUAAAUCAACCCGGACCGAGUAAAGGUAAAGAUGCCAUGGGAGACAUAUCUGAAGAAGACGUAGAGAAAGAAAUAGUAACUCGUUUUGAUCCCUACCCUGAUAUGGAUGACAGCGAAGAUGAUGAUCCCUUAUGCGAUAGCUAUGUGCGCAACGACCCAGGCUUUGGGGGAAGGUAUGACAGAAAUAGAACUAACACAGGACAGUGGUUGGACAAAAAAGAGCAGGCAUUAAAAAAAGCAGCUAAAAUAAAAAUAAUAAAAUGGGAAGACUCAUCACCGUUAACUGCAGAUCAACUAGCAGAAGCAUUUUCAAAAUGUGAAGUCAAAAAACCGGAAAAGACAAAAUCGUUACUUACACAACAACUGCAGAAUUGUCCGAAUCUACCUCAUCGUCAAUAUCUGGAGUAUGCCAAGUUUGAUGGUACAGCACAGUUAGGUCUCCCUAUUAAGUCAUUCAAAAUAUUCAUGACAAUGUUGCCAGAAAAACAUCAGAACUACCCAUUAGUUGUGUGUGUUAUUGCCAGUGCCAAGAUUAAGGAUUUAAUAGGUUUCACAUGCUAUAAAUACAGCAUUGAACAUCCAGACAUAUCCCUUGGAUCUGUGCAUGACUAUGGACUUUGCAUAGCAGAGGAUGAUGGAGAGGUUGACUGGGCUUUCCCGUGCCUUGAUGCCAAUGAACCUUGUUCCAAAUUUGGCUUCACAUGCCUUGGUCUUAUUGAACUUAAGAAUAAAACUACUUUAUGUCCAGCUCCUAUGCCAAUACCUGAAGAUGGUAUGAGUGGAGCAUUUCAUGUUUUUCCAAAGGCUGAAAAUUCAAGUCAUAGUAAUCAGAACCCUUCAAGACUUAAUACAGGAGAUAGUUCUACAUCAGAAGCUGUUAUAAGUGCAUUGAAAGCUUUAAAUGAAGGAGAGCCAGACUUAAACAAGAUACAGUCUCACAUAAUGGCGACGGAGGCCCCGCAGUACAAAGCGUACAAAGUACAAUUGUUACGCAAAGUACGUACAAACACAUCGGUACAGUUGGGCAUUUCUCUAGAUAGGAUAGAAGUUGAGCCCCUUGUUACCAAUAAACACGCUUUCUGGUCUAGGUCGAAAUACUUCCUUCACAGCAUAGAUUCAGUGGCGUGGUGUCAAAUAUUGGAGACAAGAGGCAACAGGACAACUUUUAGGAUAGUCUACUCACCUAGUCAUAAUGCUACCUACAAUGAUAGAAUUAGUACAGGUCAGAAUACCUAUAUAUUCCAUCCGAACACAGCAUACAAAAUUCAAGACUUCGAAACCGACCACGAAGUCGCUAAAGAAAUAGUAGAGAAAGUGAAUACUAUUUUAGACUUACGAAACAGCCCAUGCCGACGUGAGUACAAGACUGCCAAAGACAAGAAAUUACAGACCAGACGGAGUUUUCACACGAAACACUUAAGCUGA